AUGGAGGGUGCCGCGUCGAGAAUCUUGAACUCGUCUCGGAAUAUUAGCCGGGACUCCCAGAUGCAGACAGAGGUUGAAGAACUUCUAGAUGUGGAGCUGCCACGCGCAGUGAGAAACAUAGCGAGAAAAGGUGCCAGACAAAGGGAACUCACAGGUGACUUCUUAACAGACUCAGGGGACUUUAUCACGUACGCCCUAGAGCUGCUCGAUGAAGUGGCAACUGUCAUCUCAGACCGAAGGCGCAUACGAGCAUACCUCAGUAGGAAGUUGGCGGGCGACGAUGACUCGGUUGAUCUCGACGAUGCAAACGAUCUGGAUAAAAGACGCUCCGCACUCAUAGAAUUAAAAGAUACUUCGACAAAUAUCAAUCAGAUUUGGGAAAACACUCUUUCCGAAACACAGCCGAUUUCGAUCCACACCUCUAGAAAUACCUACACUUCAUUCCAAGAGCGCAGAAGGAGUUCUGUUCCGUCAAGCGCUUAUACUCAAGAGUCGCCGUUGCCAUUGUCCCCGUACAAUAUAAGGGACUCAGGACAGGCCUUCGAUUACCCAAGCUCUCAUCUCCAGCCCUCGCCGUUAGCUUCACAGCCAAGCAACGGACAAUUCGCCCAAAGGUUUCUAGAUUCUGAAGACCACGAGGAGCAAGAGGAAUACGACGAGGAAGACGAAGAGGAAGAUAUGCCAUCUUACUUAGACGCGUAUGGGGAAAUGGAAAUAGACCGCUCGGGCGCCUCAUAUCAGGCCAGGCGGACUUCAGGUUCCACACCAGCCUCAUUAUCAAGUCCUGGGAGUAUAGACCCUGGGUUAGAUCUUGAGAGACGAGGUACUGGGAAUUAUGUGUGCCGGCUUGAGUGGCAGUGUAGAAAGGGUGGGGUUGUGGACGAAGAGCUAGUAGUUUUCAAGCGCAACAGCGAUUACAGGAGGCACAUGAAUAAGCAUGAUAAACCGUACAAAUGUGAUAUUCCUGGAUGCAAAAAUACCGCCGGUUUCUCAAGGCUGGACCAGCUGAAUAGACACAAGGUCCAGAUUCAUACCAUUAAGCUUUAUUAA